UCAAUUGAUAAAAGUGAUAAAAAAAUAUAACAGGAAAACUUAGACAACUUGAACCCAUUGACAGACUAACUCAAAAAGGCAUACACAUCAGGUGUAGAUAUUAGAUUCUCAGAUAUAUAAGAGUUCAAUAAAUAUAAAAACACACUCUACAAUUCGUAUCAAAGAGAAAUGGAUGACAGAAGUGAAAUAAUCUUUACAAGUGAAGAUUGGUCAACUGAACAGACUUUUCAACAGAAAUUGACUACUUCAAUAAAUUGGAAGAAAUACUCUUGGAAAACCAUUAUUAGAUAUUUUAUAACACCACUACAAACAGGUACAUACUGUAGUAAUAACAGUCCAAAAUAUUGGUAAAAGUGUUUUACAUUUAAAACACAUUAAUUGUUCUUGUCUUUAUAUUGUAAAGACACUUUAUGAUUGCACUGAACACAAUACUGUAAGUAAAUUGAUUUCCAUUUAGUGUAUGUUAUAUUAUGUGAUCUUUUUUUUUAUGGUUUAUUGGAAAACAACAGAUUCUGUGAUUAACAGCAGAGACUGAUUUAAAGACACUGAGCAUCACUAUGACGUCGCUGCUUGUGCUGCUGCUUCUCUGGGCUUUUCCUCUUUCAAAUGCUAAAGGACGACUAAGACAAUUCCAUCUAACAAAUGAAAGAUUCACCAGAGAUGCUGCAGUGAAUGCAUGCACACCAAACUACACUGACCUCGCCACAGUUUAUGACCAACAAGACAAUAUAGAAUUAAAGAAACUGCUCAUUAAUGCUAUUGAUCUCCCUAAUGGAUGGAUCGGUGCAAAGAUAGGAAAUAGUCGCUGUAAGAAAUGGUCAAAUGGUGAUGAGGUCACAUUUGGCCGAAACUUUACAAGUUAUACGGAUUCACGCUGUGCUGCUAUGAAGGCAAAUGGAGACUGGGAAUUUCUCACAUGUACUGUGACAAGACACUUCAUGUGUUAUAAGCAAGAUGUUGAGCGAGCGUUAUAUAAAUUAAUCCUUCAAACGAAAACCUGGUUUGAGGCUCAGCUGUACUGCAGAGAGAAUCACACUGAUUUAGUCAGCAUCAGUAAUGAAGAGGAAAAUGAAAAGGUAUGGAAUGAAGGAAAAGAGAGUAAUAAUCCUUUCUGGAUCGGCCUGCUGGAGGACAGUGUGGAAUGGUCUGAUGGAGGACAAUCUGCUUACAGAAACUAUGUAGGAGAACUGAGCGGAGAUUAUAUAUUUUUGAAUCAAGAUGGGAGUUGGAGUAAAAGUGAAGACAACAAUGAUCGAUAUGCCUUUUGUUACAAAAGCUUCAUUCAUGUGAGUCCGGGUAAAAUGUCCUGGGAGGAAGCUCUGGAUUACUGCAGCAGUAACUUUUCUGGACUACUGCGCAUUGAGUCGGAGGAUGAUCAGAUAGAAACAGAGCGAGAAAUAAAAAGACAGAAUAUUUCAGAGCCAGUGUGGGUGGGGCUUAGACAGAGUCGACUUUUCGGAUUCUGGAUCUGGUACAAUGGGCUCAGUGUGGGAAACUGGACCAACUGGAAAGAAGGAAGUCCACCAGAACAUCAAGUGUCCCAGCACUGUGGUGCCUUAGAGAAGGUGAAAGGUCAAUAUAAAUGGUGUGAUAAAGACUGCAGAUCUGAAUUUAGAGUUUUAUGUGAGGAGAAAUAAUAUACCAUAUUACUAUAUAAUAUAUAUCAUACAAGCCAUCUUACUUUUCUACAUGUUUUA